UUCCUUUUUUUUUCCUUCUCUCUCUGCAAGUCUUUCGCUUUAUUUCUUAUUUUAUUUUUUAUUUAUUUUUAAUUUCCUUUGGGAAGGUUAUAGUGGGAUAGUCAAGCAUGCAGAGAACGAGAUAGCAUUUGCCCAAACUAGGGUUCCCAUUUUAUUCAACAUAAACCAGUUGAUUUUAAGGCCUACUUGUUGUGUUCGGCAGACCUAGGUAGAGGGAGAAACUUUUAAGAGGGAGAACAGGAGAAGGUUUUACUCUUAAGAAAAAAGAGAGAGAGGGAUAGAGAACGAAGAGCUAAGCAGUUACAAAUUACUGGCUUUUGCUUGCCUUUUUUCUCUUUCUUUCUCUCCAUAAACAACACUUCUUCUUUGUGGAGAGGGAGUUGGAGACAUUUGGUUUCAAUCCUUUUGUCUCCUCUGCCUCUCUUAGUUUUUUUUUUUCCCUUUUUUUUUGUUGGUCUGUCCAAAGCCACCUUAUAUAUAAUAUACAUAUUUUGAUAAACAUCUUUUCUUUGCAAUUUUUGGGUAAAGACCGGAAAACAGUGAAUGAGAGUGUUUGUAAAUUUGUAGAGAAGAAGAAGAAGCAAAUCUGAGGAAGGGGGAUAACAUAUAUAGAGAAAAAAGGAGUUAUUUUGAUGAGUUUUGGAGGUUUUCUUGAGAAUAGUUCCGGUGGUGGUGGUUCAAGACUCGUUGCUGAUAUACCAUAUAGUAACAACAUGCCCACCAGUGCACUCGCUCAGCCCCGCCUUGUAACUCCUCCUAUCACCAAAUCCAUGUUCAACUCUCCUGGACUCUCUCUCGCUCUUCAGCAACCAAAUAUAGAUAACCAAGGUGAUAUGGGAAGAAUGGGUGAACGCUUUGAGACAGGUGUUGGUCGAAGGAGCAGAGAAGAUGAGCAUGAAAGUAGAUCUGGAAGUGAUAACAUGGAUGGUGCUUCUGGUGAUGAUCUAGACGCUGCAGACAACCCUCCAAGAAAGAAGAGAUAUCACCGACACACUCCUCAGCAAAUCCAAGAACUUGAAUCUCUCUUCAAAGAGUGUCCUCAUCCCGACGAGAAACAAAGACUGGAGCUUAGUAAAAGGCUUUGUUUGGAGACUAGGCAAGUCAAGUUCUGGUUUCAAAAUCGCCGUACCCAGAUGAAGACCCAACUGGAACGUCAUGAGAACUCGUUGCUUAGGCAAGAGAACGACAAGCUUCGAGCUGAAAAUAUGUCCAUUAGAGAUGCAAUGAGAAAUCCAAUUUGCACCAACUGUGGUGGUCCUGCAAUAAUCGGUGACAUAUCUCUAGAAGAACAGCACUUGAGGAUCGAGAAUGCCCGUUUAAAGGACGAGUUAGAUCGAGUUUGUGCACUUGCUGGCAAGUUUUUGGGGCGUCCCAUAUCUUCGUUGUCUACAAUUGCUCCUGGCAUGCCAAACUCGAGUUUAGAACUUGGAGUUGGGAGCAAUGGUUUUGGCGGAUUAAGCACAGUGACCACAACAUUGCCACUGGGGCCUGAUUUUGGAGGUGGGAUUUCAGGUGCUUUGUCGGGGAUGCCUCCAAACAGAUCCACUACUGGUGUAGGUUUCGAUAGAUCGAUUGAGAGAUCAAUGUUUUUGGAGCUUGCUUUGGCUGCUAUGGAUGAAUUGGUUAAGAUGGCACAAACUGAUGAGCCUCUUUGGAUGAGAAGCCUAGAAGGAGGAAGAGAAGUAUUAAAUCAGGAGGAAUACUUGAGAACUUUCACUCCUUGCAUUGGCUUGAAACCUAAUGGUUUUGUCAGUGAAUCAUCCAGGGAGACUGGCAUGGUAAUCAUCAACAGUUUGGCACUAGUGGAGACUUUGAUGGACCCGAAUCGCUGGGCGGAGAUGUUUCCUUGCAUGAUUGCCAGAACCUCUACUACUGAUGUGAUAUCUAGUGGUAUGGGAGGAACCAGGAAUGGUGCACUUCAGUUGAUGCAUGCUGAGCUUCAAGUACUAUCUCCUUUGGUUCCUGUUCGGGAGGUGAAUUUCCUCCGUUUUUGCAAGCAGCACGCAGAAGGUGUAUGGGCUGUGGUCGAUGUAUCCAUUGACUCCAUCCGAGAAACUUCUGGUGCACCCACAUUUGUGAACUGCAGGAGGCUUCCUUCUGGCUGUGUGGUACAUGAUAUGCCCAAUGGCUACUCCAAGGUGACUUGGGUCGAGCAUGCAGAGUAUGAUGAGAGCCAAGUUCACCAGCUUUAUAAACCCUUGGUAAGUUCGGGCAUGGGGUUCGGUGCCCAACGGUGGGUUGCUACUCUUCAAAGACAAUGCGAAUGCCUCGCGAUUCUCAUGUCCUCCACUGUCUCCGCCAGAGAUCACACAGCAGCGAUAACUGCAAGUGGUCGGCGAAGCAUGCUAAAGCUAGCCCAGAGAAUGACUGAUAACUUUUGUGCUGGGGUUUGUGCUUCAACUGUUCACAAAUGGAGCAAACUUAAUGCUGGUAAUGUGGAUGAGGAUGUUAGAGUUAUGACUAGAAAGAGCGUUGAUGAUCCAGGUGAGCCACCGGGCGUUGUGUUGAGCGCUGCAACUUCCGUUUGGUUGCCUGUCUCUCCACAGAGACUCUUUGAUUUUCUACGUGAUGAACGGCUUAGAAGUGAGUGGGACAUACUCUCCAAUGGUGGACCGAUGCAAGAAAUGGCCCAUAUAGCCAAGGGACAAGACCACGGCAACUGCGUCUCUCUCCUUCGUGCUAGCGCUAUGAACGCAAACCAGAGCAGUAUGUUGAUUCUGCAGGAGACAUGCAUUGACGCGGCUGGGUCACUUGUUGUGUACGCGCCCGUUGACAUACCCGCCAUGCACGUUGUUAUGAACGGUGGUGAUUCAGCUUACGUGGCUCUCCUUCCUUCUGGGUUUGCUAUUGUUCCAGAUGGUCCAGGUUCACGAGGGCCCAUGGGUAAUGGACCCACUAAUGGAAACGGUGGAUCACCUAGAGUGAGUGGGUCCCUAUUAACAGUGGCUUUCCAGAUCUUGGUGAAUAGUCUUCCUACAGCCAAGCUCACUGUAGAGUCGGUGGAGACUGUAAACAAUCUAAUCUCAUGCACUGUUCAGAAGAUCAAGGCUGCUCUUCAAUGUGAAAGCUAGUGAAAGACAUCACAUCACGUGGUGGUGAAGUCACUUAGUUAGGUUUACGUUUUUAACAUGACAAUGAAUGAAUCGGGUUGUGUGUUGUGCAUGGAUUGGGUGUGUGUUUAAAAUACGUUGUGGUGUGUUAAAAACGGAGAGAGCUUGGUUGGUUGUGUGUGUGAUGAGGGGGUGUUGAGUCAAGAACGAACCGCGCGCACAAAACUCCUUGCAUGGUGUUAAGGAUAGGAUAGGACCGAAGACUCAUGGACUCGGAAUUUCUCUGUUCUUAACACAAGGCAAGGGUGGUGGUUCGGGUAUUGACUCAGGUUCACCCCUGACUUGGCUCAAGACGUAGAAAAUAUUCCCCCCGCC